AAUCCCCUUGAUGUGUUGAGGAUGCGCCGUGACUUUUGCAGCGGGGGAAAUGCCUGCGCCGUUGUGUGGGUGUUGAUAUUAACCUUCCAGAUCUUUGCCUUGUUUUCAUCGCAUUCCGUUACAGCCGAGCACUCAGCGCUCCACGUGACGGGACGAUGUCCGACGCUAUUGGAGCAGAAUAUUUGCCCGGCGAGAGCUGCAGCCUGUAAAAGCGAUCCGGAGUGUGCAGCUUCUGAAGAAAGAUGCUGCGAUACGGCCUGCGGGAAACGAUGCGUCUCAGCGGAGCUAACCGGGUGCCAGCAGGUGGCUCUGGCCGCGACGAGGAGGUCAAGGGCGCUGCGCCCUGGCUCGCCGCCGCAGUUCAUUCCGAAGUGCAACAACGUGACCGGGGACUUUGAAGAAAUUCAAUGCGAGGGAACGGGGAAGUCCUGCUGGUGCGUCGACAAUGUCGGUGGAGAAAUUCCCGGCACCAGAGCUCCCGCCAAGCAGCUGGUAAAUUGCAGGAGUCCAAAACCAUGCCCGGCUCACAGCUGUCGGAUGCUCUGCCCGCUUGGAUUCGAGGUUGACACACGGACGGGUUGCCAGAGAUGCGAGUGUAGAGACCCGUGCCGUGGAGUUAGCUGUCCGGGUCCAAACCAGGCCUGCGAGUUGGUCGACGCGCCCUGCGCGACUCCGCCAUGUCCACCGAUCCCGAGUUGCCGCAGAGCGAAAUCUCUGUCAUCAGUUUGUCCAGCGGGUGAGCCGCUGCAGAUAACCGACUCUCCGCGGCCGUUCCUCUGCGGGAAUACGCCGGGUAAGCCGAGCUGUCCACCGCUCUACAGAUGCCUCGUCGAACCCAAUCAGGAGUACGGAGUCUGUUGUCCCUCCAGCGUGAGCCUCAAACGGCCGGGAUUCUGUCCUGCCAAGGAAGCCCUCAUCUGCGGAGCCUUCUGUCAACACGAUCUGGAGUGCCCGACGCCCCAGAAAUGCUGCAAUAGCAAACGCUGCGGCGGUGGUCAUUGCGUCGCUCCUCAAGGGCUCAGCGCCUGCAAUCAACAUAGAGUAUUAGCCGAGCUUUUGAGCAUUUCAGAGCGCCAAGGACGCGGCUACAUUCCGCAGUGCGACGAAGGUGGAGAUUUCAAAUCUAAACAGUGCUCUCGCAACGGUUUGGUGUGCUGGUGCGUCGACCCGGCAGGCCGAAAGCUGUCGGGCUCGAUGGGUCCGGCGGAAAAAGUGGAUUGCAGAGCUUUGCCGAAGGCCAGAUCGUUACCGGCGAUGUGUGCGCCCCAGCAAUGCGCCCAGGUUUGCCAGUAUGGUUUUAAAAGCGACCCAACCGGGUGCCCGACUUGCGAAUGUGACAACGCGUGCGAGGGAUACCCUUGUCCCUCGGGACAGAGUUGUGUGCUCGUUCGGGAAGCGGGCUGCCCGGAUUUCCUCUGUCCAACGAAGCCGGAAUGCAAACCUAAGAAGUCUUACGCCAGUCCUUGCACCACCGGUGCUCCGGUAACCGACGACGAAGGAAACGCAGUAACUUGUGCCGCAGAUUCGGAGUGCCCAAGCAACCACAGGUGCUCCAGUGUUCCUGAAGCCGAUCAAUCAGUUUGCUGCCCGGUUUCGCACUCCCGGUUGAGACCGCCGACAAUGUGCGAAUACCUGAGAGAUUUCUCGGAGCGGAUGGAGGGAACGCGGGAUGGAAUGGCACUGGCCUUGGCGGCACCAGAGUGCGAGGAGGACGGUAGCUACAAGUCGUUACAAUGCAGAAACGGUACCUGUUCAUGCGUAAACAAGCGAGGAACAACGCUCCGGGAGUCAGUGACCGGUGUAUCGGAGUGCGAGGCGUUGAAGGAGUCGUUGAUCGGUUGCCAAGCUUUGAAUUGCUCACUGGAGUGCAGCUACGGGUACUCUGUAGAUUUGCAAGGUUGCGAGCUAUGCGAGUGCCGCGAACCGUGCAAGGAAGUGACCUGCGGAGACGAGCAGUCAUGCGUGAUGGUCGAUGUGAACUGCGGCCGAGGAGAGCACUGCCCACCGGUACCGGCUUGCCUGACGGCGAAGGCUGGCCAGUGUCCGUACCUGGUUCCACGUUCCUCUAGCUGCGAGCUCAAGUGCGGUAACGACCAGGAAUGCCAGGGCGCCGAGAAAUGCUGCUCGACGGGCUGCGGCACGCAGUGCGUCGCUCCCGUCGUCGCGACGGCGUGUCAACACGCUCGUGCGCUAGCCGAGCACGCCGCCCGGGAAUCUGGCGAACCGGCACGUCGACUCUACAUCCCUAGGUGCGACUCUAACGGAGUUUUCGAGCCGGUUCAGUGCCACGGAGGUCUCUGCUGGUGCGUUGACGAUGAGGGUCGAGAAGCGGCCGGCACCCGGGUACCGGAGGGAGUCGUCCCGCGCUGCAACAAGCCUCUGCACUGUCCGGAAGUCACCUGCACGCUCUCGUGCCCCGAGGGUUUGGCCCUGGACGCGGCCUCUGGGUGUCCAGUCUGCGCGUGCCGUGACCCCUGCAAGGACGUCGCCUGUCGCGGCGAGGGCGAGGCCUGCCGCAUGGUCGAGGUCGCCUGUAGCGCUCCUCCGUGCCCGCCGGUUCCGGUCUGCCUUCCCAGGAAAGAGAAUCCCUGCCCGAACGGCAACCCGCUUCUGGCUCCCGGUGGCGGGCCGGCGACCUGCGGACCUCGAGGAUCGGCUUGCCCGUCGUCGCACAAGUGCGAACUCUCGCCACUCGACGAGUAUGCGGUUUGCUGUCCCAAGCCCCGCGACGUGUGUUUCGAGGUGCCCCAGGAGACGUCCUGUCAAGGCAGAGAGGCCGGUGAGGCGGGCCGGUGGUACUUUGAUCCAGAGCGAAACGAGUGCCGGCAGAGAUCGGGCUGCGCUGUAGGACACAACGAUUUCGCAAGCAAGAUGAUAUGCGAUGCGGUUUGCCCGGUUUUGUCGCAAUGCGAGAGGAUCAGGGAGAGAAAUUCCAGGUCCGCGCAGCGGCUAAAGCAGCCCACGUUCCUGCCAAGGUGCAACCCGGAUAACGGUGCCUGGGAGCCGAUUCAAUGCCUGGAUCAUGUCGGGGUUUGCUGGUGCGUCGAUAGGCACGGUGAACCGAUGAAGGGCUCGCUGACCAGGGAGGCCGAACCCAAGUGCAACUUCAGGCAAGCCAGGAGGGGCCGUGGACCACCGGAUAUCGACGCGCUGAUCAAGGAGUACAUGGAGCACUCCCUCAUGGAACCGGAAACGCACGGCCGAGGGACCAGGUGCCAGCGCAUGAUGGAGGCUGGGCACAUUACCGCCAUUUGCGACAAGUUCGGCAGAUUUGAGCCUACUCAGUGCGCCGGUACGCAUUGCUGGUGCGUAGAUGAGGCAGGAAAUCAGAUCAGCGAAUCCGAACCGUUUCCGCAGGGAUCGCGGAUCUGUCUGCCAACUCCGGUCGAAGCGGUGGAGGUAACGCUGCAUUUUCCGGGUCACUUUGAGCUCUCGGACGAGGCGAGAUUGAUUAUGGCGGCGGAGACUCUGCUGCGAAAACUGGGCGGUAAUCUGCGGGAAAAAAUCAUUGCGGAAAUAAAAGACGGCUCGGCUUCUCUCAGUUUCGAGAUAACCGGACCGAACAAAGUGGACGUAGCGUUUCACCUGGAGGAGUUGACGAGGUCGCAUAAUUUGUCCCUGAUCAACUCGACAGUCGAUGCGACGGCCUCGCGGUUCCACCACAGGGCGGUUCCCCAAUUUCCUAAUGCUAGGAUCGUCGCCCUAGAGCAGAGGGAAAUUGUCACCGAGGUGAAUUUGCCCUUUUACCAGACGGCCACUGUUGUUCUCGGUGCCGCGAGCGCCUUCGUCAUCUGCAGUCUCCUUAUACUAUUGAUGAUCUACCGGAGAAAGAUGAACGUGAAAGAUCCGUCAAAGACGCUGCCUCUGGAUCAGCGAUUUUUGGCCCACAACCAUCAGCCGGUUUACGUUAUUUCCGGAUUGGAAAAGGAUGAGAAGGAGAAGGAAGCCGCAAUGAGUCAACUUCACGAAGGUCUUAAACUCUCGGAAACAGCGGCGCCCGCGUGAGCCAUCGACCAUCUCUGAGCUUUGACGCAGAAGCUGGAAAAAUUCAAUUAUGGAUUAUUUAUUCGAAGUAAAAUUCUCGACAAAAUCGUAUAAUUGUCAAAAGCGAUGAGAAUUCACUUAUACACCCAAAAUUCGCGCAAAUCAAAUCAUCAUGUAUCGAUAAUUAUAGAUUAUACUCUCUCUUUACGAUUGCGCAUUGCGUAAACUCAUCAUUAUUGUAAUGAAUAGAAGAAAAUUAUUUCUGUUCUGUGAGGCUAGAAAUAGAUUUUUUUUCUGUUAGUGGAUAAGAAAAGGUGUAAAUAUUAGACUGCACUGUAUUAUCGCUAAACGUAAUUUAAAUUUCUUUGCUGUUCGUUGUUAUGUGCGUAGGCAGAGCAGUUGGAUUUGAGAAAACUAGAUUUCGGUUUUUCCGUUCUGAUGCGCUGCUGAUACAAAAUAUCGAUCAGACAAUAUUAUUACGUAAAAUUCCAGUAGUAGGAUUAUUGUAUACACAUACGAUCAACGAACUUGAAGAAAUACAGCAUAUCCAUAAAUUUUCUAUAAAUAUACUACGAAUAUACACAUAUUCGAACACUGUGUAGUAUAGAAACCGGAAUUACCAGUGACAACUUCCUGCUCGACGAUUUGAAAACGUAUGGAUCAGGCAUCUAGCAUAAACUUGAUGUAAUUUAUUUAUUUGACUAACACUUCGAUGAUGAUGUUCUAAUAAAAUUAGCUUUAUUAAUUUA